UCUGCCACCGUAAUCUGCCACCGUCCAGGACGGAGUCCUACAAAGAAUAGAAAACUGCCUAAAAUGGGAUGACCCGGAUUUAACUUCAACUUUUGAGAAACGCACUACUACUGUCGAAGACCUGAAAAGUGACAAAGCCUCAGGGACUGUUGGUAUUUAUACAGAAAUCUACAUGCACUGAGGGAGUUAAUGGCAUGGCCUUUUCUUUGACGCGAAACACCGAAGAAAUGUAAUGGAUGAGCUUUCUGGGUUACUUCCGUAAUCUCCAUUAUCAGAAGGAAAAGAGCAUCCUCUAAAAAACAGAAAGCUCACAUGAGUGAAAACAGAAAAGUUCAAGAAGAGAGCCAGGUCCUGAAGUUUGCUGAAGUUUGGCUGAAAGUUGAAGGGAACCAGUUCCCCCGAUCCGAGCCUUGGUGAUGUUGCAGUUAACGGUCACCCCUCAAUCAGCCCUCGUGGAUGAGCCAUUGCAGAUCCAGCUUACAGGCCUUCAUCCCUCUCAGUUGGUAACCUUCCGCGCAUCUCUGAUCAAUGAGAAGGGGCUACUCUUUCAGUCCAGAGCCUUCUACCGGGCCAGCGAGGCCGGUGAGGUGGACCUGGAGAAAGCCUCUGCUCUUGGCGGUGAUUAUGUGGGUGUCCAUCCCAUGGGCCUCUUCUGGACCCUGAAACCCCAAAAAGUCUUUUCCAGGCUGAUGAAACGGGAUGUGAUAAACACCCCUUACUAUGUGAAGCUGGAGGUGUAUAAUUCAGCUGUCUUAGAUUUCUCAGUAGAGGAUCAGCCCUUGAUCAGCACGACUGUGGAACGGUGGUACGCAGGUGCAGGUGUAAAGCGGAUCCAGAUCAGGGAAGGAAGAGUACGGGGGGCCCUCUUCCUCCCUCCAGGAAAGGGCCCUUUCCCAGGGAUAAUUGACAUGUUUGGUGGUAUUGGUGGUCUGGUUGAAUUCCGGGCCAGUCUCUUGGCCAGUCGUGGCUUUACCGUGCUGGCUUUGGCCUACUUUGGUUAUGAAGACCUACCCAAAGACGCUUUAGAGGUGGAUUUGGAGUACUUUGAAGAAGCUACCAAUUUGCUCCUGAAACAUCCCAUGGUCCUUGGACCAGGCAUAGGGGUUAUCGCGAUAUCCAAAGGUGCAGAAAUUGGACUAUCCAUGGCAGUUCAUCUGAAGCACAUCACAGCUUUAGUCUGCAUCAAUGGCCCAAAUAUCAUCCUUGGAGGGGCGCACAAAUACCAGAAUCAGUAUUUCCAGACAACACUACCUGAUAAUGAGAAAAUGAGAAUAGAAUAUUUUGGACUACUAAGCAUGUAUCAUGCAGUAGAGAUGAUUCAAGGAAAGGCAGUUAGGAAUGUUCUGCCUGUAGAAAAGUUUCAGGGACACAUCCUCUUCAUUGUGGGAGAGAAUGACAAAAAUUAUAAUAGCAAGGCCUUUGCUGAGGAAGCAAUGGAGCAGCUGAAGAAACACGGGAAGAACAAUGGAAUGCUCCUCUCCUACCCAGGAGCCGGGCACCUGAUUGAGCCCCCCUAUUCUCCACUCUGCUUUGCCUCCUGGAACCCCAGUUUCCCAUUUCCCUUGCUGUGGGGUGGAAAGUACAUCUCCCAUGCGGCAGCACAGGAACAUUCCUGGGGAGAGAUCCAGAAAUUCUUUAGACAUCACCUCAUUCAAAACCGAGCCCCCAAACUCUAAGCCAAGUGAGAAAAUAGGGGAAAGAGAAAGGAUAAAGAAACUCCCCACCACCAUCCCCGGCCCCUGCCGCCAGCCUCUCUUCCCCCUCACCCACUUCCUGACCUGGGUUUUGCUCCACCUGGACUGGCGUGUUCCUGUCAAUCGACACUAGCCCUCAGAAUAAGGAGGAAUUGAGCCAUGAUUUUUCAUUUCCUUUCUGUCCGAGUCCCAUGUGAAUAUGGCAGAUCAUGCUUUGGUGGCCACUGUCAGUUGAAUCUGCCAGAAUUCCACAAGUUUAUCUGUUCAGGUGUCUAUCUUUCAUUUCUAGUGGAGCUAGAGCUGUGUAAAGUAUGUCUGCUAUUUAAGGGCCUGGAAAUCUGGCUUGGGAGGAAGUGAUUGCAGAAGUGAUCAUCAGCUGCCUUGAAUGGAAGAAUUUUCUCUGCAAUAAAACUGGUGAAAUGAA